AUGCCUUUGUCCUUGUGUUGUCAGCGGCCCGUCACCAUUAGUCCGCCGGACUUUUUCAGCCCCUUUUGUGCCUCGCCUCCCAACCCCCGGGGGUUCAGGUGUGAAGUUCCUGCAUAUGAUGACGAUAGCAUCGUUUUUUUUCUUCUUCUCCGAAAUACCUCCCUCUCUCUGUCACACACAGCUACAAGUUCAGCCCACCUGGAGGACCUGGCAUACCUGGACGAGCAGAGGCACACUCCGCUACGCACGUCGCUGCGCUUGCCCAGACAGAGCACCACCUGCGGGCCGGGUCGCUCCGGGCAGGACCUGAGGGCUUCCGCUAAUAACACCCAUGCCUGGCAAUCCCAGUCACUGCGUUUUGCGCCGUAUCGGCCUCAGGACAUCGCCCUCAAACCCCUGCUGUUCGAGGUGCCCAGCAUCACCAUGGACUCGGUCUUCACGGGCCGCGAGUGGCUCUUCCAGGAGAUCGACGCCCACCUCAACGGCCCCAACGGCGGCGCCAACCGCGGCGUGGCGGUGCUGGGCAACAUCGGCUUCGGCAAGACCGCCAUCGUCUCUCGCCUGGUGGCGCUCAGCUGCCACGGCACGCGCAUGAGACAGAUCGCCUCCGACAGCCCCCAGGCCUCGCCCAAACAUGGAGACGGGCUCCCUCUCACUCAGCCUCAGCCCACGCACGGCACCCUGGGAGGAGGCAGCUGCCCCGGGACCCCCGAGAUGAGGCGACGUCAGGAAGAGUCCAUGAGGAGGCUGGCGUCUCAGGUGGUGGCGUACCACUACUGCCAGGCCGACAACGCCUACACCUGCCUGGUGCCGGAGUUUGUGCACAACGUGGCGGCCCUGCUGUGCCGCUCGCCGCACCUCGUCGCCUACAGGGAGCAGCUGCUGAAGGAGCCGCACCUCCAGAGCACCCUGAGCCUGCGCUCCUGCGUCCAGGAUCCCCUGGCCUCCUUCAGGAGGGGCGUGCUGGAGCCCCUGGACGCACUGUACAGAGAGAGGAAGAUCAACUCUGAGGAGGACCUCAUCAUCCUCAUAGACGGUUUGAACGAGGCGGAGUUCCACAAGCCGGACUACGGGGACACCAUCGUGUCCUUCCUCACUAAAACCAUCAACAAGUUCCCUCCUUGGCUCAAACUGGUGGUGACGGUCAGAACCACAUUACAGGAGAUCACCAACUCGCUGCCCUUCCACCGCAUCUUCCUGGACGGCCUGGAGGAGAACGACGCCAUAGACCAGGACCUGCAGGGCUACAUCCUGCACCGCAUCCACAGCAGCCCCGAGAUCCAGAACAACAUCUCGCUCAACGGCAAGAUGGACAACACCACCUUCGGCAAGCUCAGCGCCCACCUCAAGGCCCUGAGCCAGGGCUCCUACCUGUACCUCAAGCUCACCUUUGACCUCAUCGAGAAGGGCUACCUUGUCCUCAAAAGCUCCAGCUACAAGGUGGUUCCGGUGAACCUGGCCGAGGUGUACCUGCUGCAGUGCAACAUGCGCUUCCCCACGCAGUCCUCGUUCGAGCGGGCGCUUCCUCUGCUCAACGUGGCCGUGGCCUCGCUGCACCCGCUCAACGACGAGCAGAUUUAUCAGGCCAUCAACUCCGGAUCGCUGCAGGGAACACUGGACUGGGACGACUUCCAACAGCGCGUGGACAACCUGUCCGUCUUCCUGGUGAAGAGGAGGGACGGCACCAGGAUGUUUGUGCAUCCCUCCUUCAGGGAGUGGCUGAUCUGGAGGGAGGAAGGAGAGAAGACAAAGUUCCUGUGUGAUCCGAGGAGCGGUCACACCCUGCUGGCCUUCUGGUUCUCUCGGCAGGAGAACAAGCUGAACAGACAGCAGACUAUUGAGCUGGGCCAUCACAUCCUCAAAGCGCAUAUCUUCAAGGGGCUCAGCAAGAAGGUGGGGGUUUCCUCCUCCGUCCUGCAAGGCCUGUGGGUGUCCUACAGCACCGAGGGCCUCUCGGCGGCUCUUUCUUCACUCCGAAACCUCUACACUCCCAACAUCAAGGUGAGCCGGCUGCUGAUGCUGGGCGGGGCCAACGUGAACUACCGCACGGAGGUGCUGAACAACGCCCCCGUCCUGUGCGUCCACUCCCACCUGGGCUACAUGGACAUGGUGGGCCUGCUGCUGGAGUACGGCGCCGCCAUCGACUCCCCGUCCGAGAGCGGCCUCACGCCGCUGGGCUACGCCGCCGCCGGGGGGCACAUGGCCAUCGUGACGGCGCUCUGCCGCAGGAGAGCAAAGGUGGACCACCUCGACAAGAACGGCCAGUGCGCGCUGGUCCACGCGGCCCUGCGGGGCCACAUGGAGGUGGUGAAGUUCCUCAUCCAGUGCGACUGGGGCAUGGGGCCCCAGCCGCAGUCCCCACAAAGCCAACACCAGGCGGCCUUCACCAAGAGCCACGCGGUGCAGCAGGCCCUGGUCGCCGCGGCCAGCAUGGGAUACACGGAGAUUGUGUCGUACCUGCUGGAUCUGCCAGAGAAAGAUGAAGAGGAGGUGGAGCGGGCUCAGAUCAAUGACUUUGACACCCUGUGGGGGGAGACAGCGCUGACCGCGGCCUCCGGUCGGGGGAAGCUGGAGGUCUGUCGCCUGUUGCUGGAGCAGGGGGCGGCCGUGGCCCAGCCCAACCGGCGAGGCAUCGUCCCGCUGUUCAGCGCCGUCCGGCAGGGACACUGGCAGAUCGUGGACCUUCUGCUCGCGCACGGCGCCGAUGUCAACCUGGCGGACAAGCAGGGCCGCACUCCUCUCAUGAUGGCCGCCUCGGAGGGACACCUGGGGACCGUGGAGUUUCUGCUGGCUCAGGGAGCCUCUCUGCCGCUGAUGGACAAGGAGGGUCUGACCGCUCUCAGCUGGGCCUGCCUGAAGGGGCACUUACCCGUGGUCCGCUGCCUGGUGGAGAGCGGCGCCGCCACCGACCACGCCGACAAGAACGGGCGCACGCCCCUCGACCUCGCCGCCUUCUACGGUGACUCGGAAGUGGUCCAGUUCCUGGUGGACCACGGGGCCAUGAUAGAGCACGUGGACUACAGCGGGAUGCGUCCCCUGGACAGAGCGGUGGGCUGCAGGAACACCUCGGUGGUGGUCGCCCUGCUCAAGAAAGGAGCCAAGAUAGGAUGCCAGACGCUGCCCAGUCGGCCCCGAGGUCCCGCCACGUGGGCCAUGGCCACCUCCAAACCCGACAUCAUGAUCAUCUUACUCAGCAAACUCAUCGAGGAGGGGGACAGCUUCUACAAGAAGGGGAAGGUGAAGGAGGCGGCGCAGCGCUAUCAGUACGCCCUCAAAAAGUUUCCACGCGAAGGCUUCAGCGACGACCUCAAGACAUUCAGGGAACUCAAAGUAUCGAUCUUCCUCAACCUGUCCCGAUGUCGGAGGAAAAUGAACGACUUUGGGAUGGCUGAGGAAUUUGCUACAAAGGCCAUUGAACUGAAACCGAAAUCGUAUGAAGCGUAUUAUGCCAGAGCACGUGCCAAGCGUAGCAGCAGACAAUUUCCUGAAGCCUUAGAGGACCUGAAUGAAGCCAUGAAGCAGUGCCCCAACAACCGGGAGAUCCAGCGGCUGCUCGAGAGGGUGGAGGAGGAAUAUCACCAGCUCAACCAGGAGGAGCAACUGGAGCUGGAGCCCCCGCCCUCCCCUCCCCCUACGCCUCCCCCAGAAGACGAGGAGUCCCUGUCCCUGUCCCUGUCCAUGCCUCUGCCCCCUCCCCCAGAGCCCCGCCUGGAGGACAUGGAGCCCGUCCAGGACCUGUUCGAGGACGAGGACUACCUGGAGCAGGAGCUGGAGGCCAUGUCCGCCGGUCUGCCCCCACCCGAGUCCCACAGCAACCCGUCCAGCCUGCCCGUCAUCCAGAGCCCGCCGCUCUCCCCGACCCACCACGACCACGUGUACUCGCCCAUGGGCCAGCCCUACGAGUACCACCCCACGUCCUCCUCCAUGUCCUCCCCGACCCGCGGCUCGUACCAGCCGACGUCGCCCUCCCUCUCCCCGACCCACCAGAACCACUAUCGCCACAGCCCGCCUCAGACCUCCCCGGUGCACCAGUCCUCCUACGGCUUCGGCUCGGCCUCCGUGUGCGCCGGGGGUCAGGCGGCGGACCGCCAGAGCCCGCCGCCUUCCCCUUUGCGCCGCAGCGCCCAGUACCGGGCAAGCCCGCCGGUGGAGAGCGUUUGCCUCUACAGGUCCCAGUCCGGGUCGCCCGUGCGCUACCAGACGGAGCAGCUCCCGGGCCGACCCAAGUCGCCGCUCUCCAAGAUGGGCGGCCAGCGUUCGUUCCAGCUGAGCUCGCAGCCCUCCCUGUCCUCGCAGCACCACCAGGCCCAGGGCCUCCGCCUGCAGCCUUCGAUAGCCCAAAUAGUCCGCACCAGCCAGCCCAGCAACAGCAUCUACCAGAUGGGGCACUCCAUGGGGGGCCGCUACCAGGGGGUCCCGGUGGACGUGGAGAGCCGGCUGGUGUACCAGCCCUCCCUGGACGGCCGCUCCAUGCCCCAGGUGCAGCCCAGCCUCAGCUCUGGGGCCCUCUGUCAGCACGGCGGCCGAGGAGGGGCUAUGGAGUCGGGCCUGUUGAAGGAUGAGCUACCCCAGCGCCCCUCCUCUGCCUACCGCGCCGGCAGCGGGGGCCCGGGGGGCAUCCGUUACAGCCAGACGCCCCAGAUAAGCCGCAGCCAGUCGGCCGCCUACUACCCGGUCUCGGAGCACGUGCUGGAGCGGGCCAACGCCAUGCCCUCCCACCAGCUGGGCUCCCCCGAGGUCCCGCACAUGGCGAGGCGCCCCGUCAGCGCCAACACCGCUGAGAUGAAGCCGCACGUGCCCACCCCCAGGCCCCUCAUCCACUCUCAGAGUGUGGGCCUCCGAUUCUCCCCCUCCAGCAACAACAUCUCCACCGGAUCCAGCGCAAACUUGGCCCCGGGCUUCAGGGCGUCCUCGUCCAUCCAGCAGAUGGAGAUCCCCCUGCAGGCCACCUACGAGCGCGCCUGCGACGACAUCUCCCCCAUCUCCCCCUCGCAGGGCGGCGGGGGGGGGCUGUACCCGGGCGAGAGCGCGCGCUCUCGGAGCACGCCCUUCAUGGGCAUCAUAGACAAGACGGCGCGGGCUCAGCAGUACCUGCACCAGCCCUCGCGCUCCAGGGCCAUGGCGUCCAUGGACUCGGCCGUCAGCCCCACCUCGCCGGGCCAGCUGGUGCAGCAGGGCUCCACCUACAGCCCCCCCGCCUCGCUGGGCAACAUGGCCUACUACAACAAGACCAACAACGCCCAGAACGGCCACCUGCUGGAGGAGGACUACUACGCCCAGGCGCCCUCGCUGGGCAAGCUGGCCAACGGCUCCCGCGGUGGCGGCGGCGGGGACAUCCUGGAGCGGGUGAGCCAGGUGCCCACCUACCCGGACGUGAAGGUGGCGCGGACUCUGCCCGUGGCACAGGCGUACCAGGACAACAUGUACCGCCAGCUGUCGCGUGACUCCCGGACCCAAGGCCCCAGCUCCCCCAUCAAACCAAAGAGACCGUUUGUGGAGUCAAACGUGUGAGGGUCCGUCCGUGGUCGCUGGGUCGGACUGGGCUUGUUCGUGGGAUGGCAACAACAACAACAACAACAAACAACAAAAAGAAUUGCGCUCGAUGCUGCUGGCCCGGGUGCACGUGGACAAACUGAUCGCAGACAAGUCAACGGGAGACGGAGAGAAAACCACACACACACACACACACACACACACACACACACACACACACACACUGACAUUAUCCCAAAAUAACCAACGAGGAGAUUUCUUUCAUUGAUCACAUUCUGCACACCGGUGGGACGGCGUGAGGGUCCUACGUUCUGAUCUCACGGGGAAUCAAAGAACAGCGCACAUCCAAAAACGCCGUGUGGCACAAAGGACUCGAGUGAGGAGUGAAAGUACUGAUCAUCGGACUCCGUAUCCACCCUCCGUUCUGUCAAAGUGUGCUCUUAACCGAGGUUGCUAGUAGGCUCUAAUUAUAUGUAAUACAAUAUUAUAUGUUCAAUACUGUACAUUGCUCGGAAAACACAAAUGGCUCAACAACUCAGUACUUAGAGAAAAAUGACAAUAUUUAUAAGUAAGUUAUAUAUUGUACAUAGAAAGGAAACCUAGUUUGCGUUUGAAUUGUGUUCUGUUAACCUUGCCUUUGUGUCCCACUGCUAGUCGUAUGGAUGCGGAAAACCCAGCAAAGGUGAGGAAUGAGGGACAAUGACCAACUUUGAGUGACACACUUACCUCUAUUGGGGCCAAAUAAAAAGAGAUUUUGUUGUGGUUCAAUGCGAGGAUUUGCUUUCUCUGCUGCAGUACAUCCUCGAUGACGGCAGUAGUUUAAUCUACAGGUUGUUAUUCGUGCUGCAAAUAGAGUCGUCAAAUAGGCCCAAUAUGAUCCAGCGCGACGUAUUCAAAUGCUGGGGUUUUUAUUCUGACCAACAAUCUCAGUGAGCGCCGUACAACGCGGAGAAAAACAUUUGGUCCGAAUGAAAAAAAUCAAACAAUUUCUGCACACGUUUUUUUUUUUUUUGUGGUUGAUUUGAAUCAUUUUCAACCAGUAACUUUGCCUCAUUUCUUUUAGGUUCUAUACUUCAAUUUUAUUAGGACAAUCAUUGCAUCGUAGACCUCAGCGUCUAGGCUGCAGUCUCUUGACAUUUUUUUUCCCGACAUGGUGGACCAGCUCCCUGUGGAUGAACUGCUUUGCUCAAUCACCUGCUCACAUAAACAGACAAAGCCUCAGCCGCCGACGCUUCGUACAAACAGGUUUUAUUUUUUUUCUUUCUUCGUAUCUCUGUAGACGUACGUUGAGGACAGGUGUUGUUCUGUAUGUUGCCUUCGAGUGCGAUGCAUUGGUUUUUCCAAUGCGGGUCCACUGGGGCAUCUCGUCACGUGGCACGCGAGCAUCAAAGUUCGCCUUUGUCCCUCUUCCGCAGGGUGUCGCGCUGUGUGUGUGUGUGUGUGUGUGUGUGUGUGUGUGUGUGUGUGUGUGUCCCUGAGAGAGAACAUCAGCUGCUGAUGGGGCUUCAUGGAUUGUGCUCAGCGAAAUAAAAGCAAAGCAAAUGCAUCCACACGACCAACCGUAACCGUUUCUCCCUCUACUGCAUUAUUCUGUGUUGUUUCUUUUUACCCACAAUGCAUUUUUAUUCUGCCACUUCUGCACUAAAAAUGCCUGUUAAGUUCUUAACUAAGGGUGCACUUUAUGUAAUUUACUUAGUUUGUUGUUACGAUUGUUGAAAUUUAGAGACAGUGAGUGUGUGUGUGUGAUCGGGCAGACCUCUGACCAGUGAUACCAGACUAUAAUAGACACUCAUGUUAUUAUUAUUAUUGGUGUAUGAUUUACAAAGCAGUGAUGAAUGACAAUAUGAAGAGCAAACGACGUUUUUAACACGGUGAAGAUGUAUAGACUUUCUAGCACAAGUUGUAAAUACUGACUCAGAUAUUCCAUUCACUUCAGCUCGGGUUUGAUAGUGAAGCAAGUCUGUUUCAGGAGGCCGAUCAUAUUUAAGUAUUCCACAUCUUUAAAAGCAAAUAUAUACAUUAAAGUCCUCUUAUCUCUCAAUCAGCCAGUCUAAUCCACUGGUCUUGCGCACAUCUUGAAAUAAAGUCGAAUCUACUGCAAAAAAAAAAAAA